AUGGAACCACUACACAUUGAAGAAAUACUGCAAGGUCCAAGCGAUAGUAGUACGGUGGAAAGUGAAUUCCUGUCGACCAUCAACAUUACGGAAAGCACACAUUUAAAUACUUCAGGACGUGAUGCGAAAUUUUCAGCAAGGAGACCUAAUAAGGCCCAUCCUGGUGGGCUAAAAUCUCGUACCCUACCAAGGCUCAUGCCUGUAAGCUCUCAAAUCCCUCUUCCAUUGAAACAGGAGCCAAUAAAGAUUAAUUCAUUUAUUAAAAAUGUACGGUCAUCACCUAGCAGACCCGUUACAUUAAAUGCCAGUCUGGAAAACAAACACACUUUGGAAAUACAGUUUAUCAACAAAAAUAAAAGAUUUUUGUUAUUGAAGCGUGAAUUGGAAGAAAAGCAAAAGCCUGUUAUGGAGUUGCAUAAAACUUUGAUGCAACUUAAGAAAAGAUUGGAAGAAUUAGGAAAGUUUGUUACAUUAGAAGACUUGAAAUUAGCUUCUGUGAAAGAAUAUCAAAAAAACCUAAUGAGAAGUGAAGGUGAUGGCGAAAAUUUACCAAACAUAAGAAGCUCUCUAGACCAAAUAGUCAAUACUAUGAUGGAUGUUUGCACGAAUUUGGUCAACAGAAGAGCUCUAAUCGUGGAAGUCUUAGAGAAAGUAGCUAAUUCCGAAUUAGACCACUCUGAUGUAUUAUCAAAAAUAGAAACUUUAAAAAACGAAGGCCAAACUCUGGAAAAUUCCUUAAAAACUAUCAUAAAAGAGCAACAAGCCAAAAUAAAUGAAUUAAUUGCUGAAUGGGAAUCUCUGUUAAUUUCCAAACAAUCCAAUGUUGAAUCCGAACAAUUGAAACUGCCACCUCAAGAGCUAGUGCAAGAAUCUAAAGAUAAAAUUAGUCAUUUACAAAAAAAAAUUGAAGAAAACAAAGGGAUUUAUGACAAAUCAAUAGCUGAAUUAAAUGGUAAUGUUCGUACUUUAAGGGAACAAAUUCAAAAACUCGAACGCGACUUGGAAUGUGAACGUAAAGCCACCAAGGAUAAUAAGAUCAGAAAUUUAACAAAUACUAGAAACAGUAAAGCUAUGAAAGAUAAAAUAACUGAGUUGGAAAAUAAUAAAAUUUCUUCAAAUGCAGCCAAAGUGGAUUUGGAACGAAAAAUUAGAAUUUUACAAGAUCAAUUAAUGAAUAAAGAGGCACAAUGGAACAAAGAAAAAGAAGAAAUGAAUAAGGUCAUAAUAAAGCAUGAAGGCGUUGUAAGGAAAAUAACAAGUGAAAGGGCUGAAUAUGAGACAACUUUAGAAUCUAUUGAGAACCAAAAAAUGACCACAGAAGAAGAAUUACAAAAUAAAAUUGAAUAUUUAGAAAAUCAGAUGGAGAGCUUAUGUAAUGAAAAUGGAGAAAAUGCAAAGAAGCGAGAAGAAGCUGAAACAAAAUGUGCCGAAUUUGAAAGUUUCAUCUCGGACAUGAGACUCGAAAAUAAAAAAACUAUGAAUAAAGUUUGCGAUAGUAUGAAAAUGGGCAAAAAUAUUGCGAACGAACAAGCUGAGCUUCUAAGAGAAAACAUGGCCAAAGAUUUAGAAAUAAGGGAGCUAAGAGACAAUGUAACAUAUUUGGAAAGAGAAAGAUUAAUUUUAUUUGACGAAAAGAGAAAGCUGGAAGAAGAAGCUAAAUAUAUCCCGACUGUUACAGAAAAAGAAAUUUCGAAACAACAAAAAUAUAUUUAUAAAUAUAAAUCACUAUUAGAAGAAAGUGAAAAAAAAUUGCUGCAAAAAUGCAAUGAGGUCUCAUAUUUACAAACUGAAAUACAACAUCUUAAAGUCAGACAAGAAUCGUUGGAAGAACAAAAUUUGAAAUGUCCUGCUGACAAGUUGCAGGAAAUAGUUGAUAAAGGCCGCUAUAAGCUCAACACAUUGAUGAAGAAGACUAUCGAAAAUGAACAAAAACUAGAACAAUAUAUUAAAUUACUCGAACAAAAGGAUCUCCAAAUAGGCAACAUGGAAACUUUACUGCAUCAGCGUGAGGAGACAACAGUAAUUUUGAAAGCAGUCCAAGAAGAUGUGGUAUCUGAAAAGCAAAGCUUGACAAAAUAUGCUUCUGAACUGAGAAAAAAUUUAUCACAAGUUGUUAAAGAAAGUAAGAUGAAAGAUAGAGCGAUCAAAGAAUUACAAGAUAAAAUCGAGUUAAGAGAGAGACAAAUGGCUAAAAUGGAAAAAGAAAUCGAAGAACUUGCGACUAAUGUCUUAAUAGGCAACGAUAAAAGAUUCAAAUUGCAAGAAAUGGUUGAAGCCAUGGAACAGGAAUUACGAAGGACUAAAUUACAUGUUAAUCAGUUGGCUGAUAUCAAUUUUAGGAAAGGGCGUAAAAAAUAUAAACCAUUUUGA